UAAAACGCAAGAAUAUUUGACUAUUUUUAUUUUUUAUGUAUACUUAAUAAAUAUGCGUAGGCCAUAGACUUUUUUUAGUAUUUUAAAAAUGUACAGAUUGUUCAAAUUUAGAUCUCAAAUAAGUAACGGAUGUCCUCAAGUAAUUUUAAUUGAUAAGUCUCUUUUGUCGAAAAUUACAAAUCGUUCUAAUUGUUUGUGUAAUAUUCAAUUAUAUUUUCGAUUUCGUUCUACAAAUCCAGAGAAUUUACAAAUUAACAAUUUGACAAAAAUUAAACAAUUUAAAAAAAAACUGAAAAAAUUUACAGAAGUAGUACAAGUUAGUAAUGGUGUUACCAGUGAAUCAAAAAUUAAAAUAAAACACCUAAAACCAAAUCAAGUUCAUAACAUGGUUGCCAAUAAAAAACCGUUGGUUAUGUUUCCUAAAAGUGGUGAAAAUUCUAAUAAGUGUGUUAAAACAAUUUCAAAACCAAAUAACAAUUUCAAUAAAUCAAUAUCAAAAGAAGAACUGUUGGAAGAUAUUGACGAACUACAUGAUGAGCAUCAACAUUUGCUAAAUGAUUCUGAAUUAUUAAAAACCCUUGCUUUAACAGAAAAUGAUAUUGAACAAAACUUUAAUUUUAAAUCUACAAAAAAAGACGAUAGUUUAGAAGGGAGUUCAUAUGAUGUAAAUAAUUUGAAUCAUUCUAAUGGUAAAUUGACCAAAAAGAAACGUGAUAAAAUUAUGAUUGCAAAAAAUAAAGCAGAAACAAAAGAGAUUGUAAAACAAUUAAGUAUUAAAGGACGUGAAAAAAGUCUCAAUCAAACAUUGCUUGCCUAUAUAGAUUUAUGUGUAUGUUGUGGAUUUCUAAAUAGAGGUUUUGCAGCUUUAUGUCAUUAUUGUAAUAAAAGUACAUCACAUAAAGAGUCAUUAAAAAUAGUAGAUAUUCGCAUUUUCAAUUGUUUAUUGCAUGGGUUUGCAAAUAAAGGAAAUUAUGAAAAAAUUAAAGAAAUCUAUAAAUUAAUAGAGGUAUCAGAAAUAAAGCCUAAUAUUAAAACAUAUGCAGCUGCUUUUGAAUGUUUAGCCAAUGUUAAAAGUCCAAAUGUAAAGCAGUUACAAGAAUUAUCCCAACAGUAUUUAUCUAAUGGUUAUUCAUUUAAUGACUUAUUUGAUAAAAGCAUCUAUGUUGGGAAGCAAAGAGAGCACGUUUUGAAAGCUAUACAAUUGCUUGAACCAUCAUUCGAACCACAUAUCAGUAUGGAUAACAUUCAUUAUGAGUGUUCCCUUCUUAAACACUUAAAUAAUAAAAAUUCUUCAUUUAAAUGUCCCGCUAAAGGACUUUUUAAUGAAAAAGAUUUGAUUGAAUUAGGCCAAAAACAACUAAAAAUGGAAAUGGCAUCUUUAGUAAGCGUUAAAUCUGUACAAAAUUAUUCUACGCCAUCAGACACAGUUUUGAAUAAGAGAAAAAAAUUAAACUGUUUGCAAGAUAAAUGGAGAGAAAUGAUAAGAAAUGCCAUUAUAAGAGAGCUGGAAAGUAUACGUGCUCAACACAAUUGUUUAAAAACGUAUAGAAAUGUAAAUAUUUAUCCUUAUUUAAGAGUUUUAAGUACAGAACAAUAUGUUAACAUCAUUAUCCACGAAGUUCGCCAAUUGGCUUUAGGAUCAGAAACUUUUAGCCCCACAGUUAACAUGUUGCACCGUCAGUUAGCAAAUCAAGUUAGGUUGAGAUAUCAAAUUGAGUAUAAGAAGAAUACAAAAAUUUUAGAAAAAAUUAAAACAGUUUAUAGUGAUUAUUGCUCAUGGUAUAUUAAUAGCAACAAUGAUAGUCAAAAUACAAGACAACAAUGGCAAAAGUUAAUACACAAAUACAAAUCUGUAGGUGCCGAUAUAGAAUUGGAUGAUAAAGUAUGGCCUUCCACUGUACUUAGUAGUGUUGGGAGGUUUUUAUACAAUAUUAUUAUCAAAGAUAUCAAAAUUGAUGUCAAUAUAUUGAAAGAUAAUAAAGCUGAAGAACAUUUGUUGCCAGCAUUUUAUACAGUUUUUCGUGGACAAGGUCAUCAAAUCAAGCAAGAAAUAAAACCUCACCCUAUAUUGUCUAAACUUUAUCAAGCUUCAGAGCCUGAUGAUUUAGUUUUUGAUGUCACUAUGAUUCCUAUGUUGAGCCCUCCAGUUCCUUGGUCGUCUGUGUAUUCUGGAGGUUAUAUUGCAGCUAAAGCAGAUUUAAUUAGAUUACCACAACAAGCUAUUUUGCAAUGGCAUAGACUGGAACAAACACCAAAACAAGAACUUUACCCAGCGUUGGAUGCCCUUAAUCAACUGGCUUCUAUACCAUGGACUAUAAAUAAACCAGUUUUAGAUGUUGUCAUUCAUGUUUUUCGUUCGGGUGGUUCUUCAAAGUUGAGUAUUCCUAUGCCAUCAUCUGCUUGUCCAUCACCUCAACCCAUAUCAUCAUCAAUGAGCAAAGAAGAACGGUCCAUUAUACACAGAGAACGCAACCUGUUAAAAAGGCAGAAGGCUGAAAUGUAUAGCUUAUGGUGUGAUGCAUUAUAUCGACUAUCAUUAGCUAAUCAUUUUUGUGGUAAAGUUUUCUGGCUUCCUCACAAUAUGGAUUUUCGUGGCCGAGUUUACCCAUGUCCUCCUCAUUUGAAUCAUCUUGGUUCUGAUAUGGCAAGAUCAUUGUUAUGUUUUGCCAAAGGUGAACCAUUGGGUACAAAUGGACUAGACUGGCUGAAAAUUCACUGUGUAAAUUUGACCGGUCUGAAAAAGAGAAAUUCUGUUAAAGAACGCCUUGAGUAUGCGGAAGAAAUACUUCCAGAUAUGUUGGAUUCGGCAAAAGAUCCAUUAGGAGGAAAACAGUGGUGGGCAGAAUCAGAAACUCCAUGGCAAACUCUAGCAUGUUGUAUAGAAAUAUAUCACGCAUUACAAUCGAAAGACCCAACAAAAUUUAUUUCUCACUUUCCUGUACACCAAGAUGGUUCAUGUAACGGCUUACAGCAUUAUGCAGCUUUGGGUAAAGAUCACGCCGGUGCUGUGAGUGUUAAUUUAACUCCUGCUGAAAUUCCACAAGACGUUUAUAGCUGUGUUGCUGCAUUGGUUGAACGAGAACGGUCAAAUGAUGCUGAUAAUGGUCAUGAUAUUGCGAAAUGUUUAGAUGGAUUUGUUAGACGCAAAGUGAUUAAACAAACUGUAAUGACAACUGUGUAUGGUGUUACAAGAUUUGGUGCUCGAUUGCAAAUAGCAAAACAAUUAAAAGAUAUCGAAUCAUUUCCUAAAGAUAAAAUUUGGUCAGCAUCUACUUACUUGGUUACAAAAACAUUUGAAAGUUUAAGGGAAAUGUUUACUUCUACAAAAGAAAUUCAAGACUGGUUUACAGAAUGUGCUCGUAUGAUAUCUCAGUCGUGUGGUCGAAGCGUAGAAUGGGUGACACCAUUAGGACUGCCUGUAGUUCAACCUUAUAAUCGUAAAUUUAAAAACUUUGAUUAUUCAACGAAAACUGGGUUUAAAAUGGGAGAAUAUUUUAUAACAGAUAUGUAUGAUCGACCUAAUGUAAUGAAACAGAAAAAUGCGUUUCCUCCAAACUUCAUUCAUUCUUUGGACUCUAGUCAUAUGAUGUUAACAUCACUUCAUUGUGAACGGGCUGGUAUUACUUUUGUAUCGGUGCAUGAUUGUUUUUGGACUCACCCAAACUCUGUAGAUGUUAUGGGAAAAAUAUGUCGAGAACAAUUUGUAACAUUACAUAAUGAACCUAUUCUGGAAAAUUUAUCAAAAUACAUGAUUGAAAAAUAUGAACUUCCUAACUCUAAUCAAAAUAAUGGCUCUGAAGAAUUGUUGAAUGUAUUUAAACGGUUACCAAAAAAAGGAGAUUUUAAUUUAGAAAGUGUAUUAGAAUCUACAUAUUUUUUCAGUUGAAAAUAUUUUGUUCUUUUUCUUAAGAUAUUUUGUUAUUGUUUUAAUAGUCUGAAAAAUAUACUUGUGCUUACUUUUUAUA